AUGUCCCAAGUUCCCCCAGAAGUCCUCAUUCAUAUCCUAAAACACUUACACACUCCCAGGGAUCUCUAUCACUCAUUAUUAGUCUCGCGCUCUUGGUGCGAAUGCUCCGUCGAGCUUCUGUGGCACCGCCCUGCCUUCACAAGACUUUCUACCCUUGUGAAAAUGAUGAGGGUACUUAGUCGAGGCGACCAGACGUUUACAUAUAGUCGGUUCAUCCGCCGUCUCAACUUCCUCUUCCUCGGUGCCGACCUUACCGACGCCCUGUUCUGCCGCUUAGCGCAGUGCGACCACCUGGAGCGCUUGACCCUCGUGAAUUGCAGCUCUAUCUCAGAAGAUGCCCUUCUUCGCGUGCUGCCUUGUCUCCCAAACCUAGUUGCUAUUGAUCUCUCGGGAGUCAUCGAAACUUCCGAUCAAAUCAUCAUUGGCCUGGCAUCAGCCGCCAGGCGCCUACAAGGCAUAAAUCUCGCAGGAUGUAGACAGGUCACCGACGUUGGCGUGUUUGCCCUAGCUUCUAGCUGUCCCCUUCUCCGCCGUGUUAAACUUAGUGGCGUUGAUCAAGUCACGGAUGGUCCUGUUUCAGCUCUUGCCAAGUCCUGCCCCCUCCUUUUGGAGAUUGACUUGAAUAAUUGCAAACUCAUAACAGACAUAUCUAUCCGUGAUAUAUGGACCUACUCUACGCAUAUGCGUGAAAUGAGGUUGUCCCAGUGCGUCGAGCUCACCGAUGCUGCCUUCCCGGCACCAGUCAAACCUCAGGUGACCCCGCGGAAUAACCCUUUCCCAGCUGCCCCUCUGAGCCAGGACGAUGGGCUUCCACCUUUAGUGAUCCCAAGGCCCUUGGACCAUCUUCGUAUGCUCGAUCUGACGGGCUGCGCGCUUAUCACGGAUGAUGCUGUGGACGGGAUUAUUUCCCAUGCCUCGAAAAUUCGGAACCUCGUUCUCUCGAAAUGCAUCCAAUUGACGGAUAGGACUGUAGAGAAUAUUUGUGUUCUCGGCAAGCAUCUGCACUACUUGCAUCUCGGGCAUGCAGCCAACAUUACGGACCGCUCGAUCAAGACGCUCGCACGGUGCUGCACCCGCUUGCGUUAUGUUGACUUUGCAAACUGCGUUCUUCUCACCGACAUGUCCGUCUUCGAGCUCUCCAGCUUACCCAAGCUCCGAAGAAUUGGUCUUGUGCGCGUCAGCAAUCUGACAGACGAGGCAAUAUACGCUCUCGCUGAGCGAUACAGCACUCUAGAACGCAUUCAUCUUUCCUACUGUGAUCAAAUAUCGGUCAUGGCUGUCCACUUCCUACUGCAAAAGCUCCACAAGCUCACUCAUCUGAGCUUGACGGGUAUCCCUUCCUUCAGAAAACCCGAAUUGCAGCAGUUCUGUCGUCAACCUCCACAGGAGUUCAAUAUGAGCCAAAGGAUGGCUUUUUGUGUCUACUCAGGCAGCGGCGUUGCUAAAUUGAGAAGCUUCUUGACGGACUUAUUCAAUACGAUAACAGAAGAUAUGAACGCUGAUGAUGAUGAAACGGAGUACGACGACGACUUUGAUGAAGGAUUCGUUGAAGGUGCCAUGGAUGCUGAUAUGGAGGGUGGAAUGGAUGGUGAUGUUGAUGAAGAUUUUAUGCACGAUAGGAGAUAUAACUUCCACCAUACGCCUCAGCCAGCUUCCUCCACCCUGCGCAUGCAUCAUCACCCAGAGAUCAUCACUCCUAUCUCGCAGCACCCCGAGCUUACGAUGCAGCGUGAUAUGACCUUGCGACCAAGUCAUGUUUCCAUUGCUUCAUCUCCAGCCGUGUUCUCUGCUAACAGUCAACCGCCGCCUGCGUCAUAUGCUUUUAAUCUGCAACCCGUGGCGGAGCCGUCCAAUCCCGUUAUGAGACGUCCUCGCUUUGGUCACCAGCCUGUCAUUGAGAUUUCCACUUCCCCCCCUCAGAGCGACGUCGCAUCUAAUCGCAGUACCGGCACACAAUCGAACGGAGCAGGGUUUUUUCGCACAUACCAAGAGCCAUCAUCAUCUUCUGGUAGAAGUAAUGGCGCUCUAACGCCCGAUUACAACUUCGCAGAGAUAGGUCAUGGCCGAGGCGCAGAACAUGAUAAUAUCGACCACAUCAGUUUACCACCCCAUCAGUUGGCAAGACACAAUUUUACAUCAACGGCGUCAUUCAAUGCCGCUGCAGGGCCUUCGGCCCAGGGCAUCACCCAAGUGAUGCACUCUGCGAAUUUUGAUUUUCGCAACGGUCAGAACCCCGAACGUCAUACUCUAAUGAUGGAACAAGCGAAGAUGACUAAUAAUCACUAUCCUCCUUCUGCCGGAUCUUCCGACCGCCUCGUGCCAUGGCCACCCAUGCGCACUGAGCCCUUGUACGAUGUCCCGUCGCCAAACAGCCAAGAAUUACAAGAAUCUGUUCAAGCCACUCUCAGCCCUCCGACAGAUUCCCGUGACACUGAAGGAAGAGGCAGGAGUGUCAGGAGAAGCUUUCGAAACACCUUCCACGCUGCUGAGCAUUUUUUCUUCGGCCGCGCGUCGACUUCGAAUGGGCAGGUCCCUGAGACGAGUGUCCCAAACCCUUGGGCCUCAGGAAAUGUAAAUAGCAACGGCGAUGCAGCUGGGAAUGACAGUCAACCUCACUAA